AUGGCUAGUUUUAAAGGACAAGAAAUUGGGAGUGUGAUCUCCAACAUAGAGGAUUUAGAAAAAGGUGCUCAGAUUGCAACUAGUACUCUCCAAAGCCAUGCUAAUGAUAUUCGUGCAAACAGAGUCAAUUGGCAGUCCUACCUGCAGGGUCAGAUGAUAUCGCAGGAGGACUAUUUAUUUGUAUCCAAGUUUGACCAAGCAAAUAUGGAUGUGAAGAAGAGAAUGUUGCAAGAGAAUCCAUUGCAGUUUGCCAAGACUUUUAUAAAUUUGAUGAAUCACAUUGCAAAAGACCAAACAUUGCAGUAUGUGUUGACUGUUGUAGAUGAUGUCCUCAAGGAAGACAAGUCUUAUGUGGAAAUUUUCCGUGAUUAUGCCCGCAAAAAUAGAGAAUCGGUCUGGACACCAUUCCUUCACCUUUUGAAUAGAAGUGAUAGAUUUAUUGUCAGUCAGACAAGUCGUAUCAUUGCAAAAAUUGCUUGCUGGGGCAAAGAACCAAUGGAUAGAAAUGAUCUUGAGUUUUAUCUCAAUUGGCUCAAGGAUCAACUCAAACUGCCUAAUAAUGAAUACCUGCAAACUGCUGCCCGUUGUCUUCAAAUGAUGCUGAGAAUAGAAGUCUACAGAAAAGCUUUUGUGAAUGUUGAUGGUAUUUCUACCAUUGUCACUGUGUUGGCAGGGAGUAAAGUUGGCUUCCAGAUUCAAUAUCAACUUAUCUUUUGUUUGUGGUCUUUAUCAUUCAGUCCUCCACUUGCUGAGAAAAUGAACAAGUAUAAUAUCAUUGAGAUAUUAUCUGACAUCCUCAGUGAAUCUGUGAAAGAGAAAGUCAGCCGUAUUAUUUUAUCUACAUUCCGAAAUCUGCUUAUAAAACCAACUGACAGUGAAAUAAUUCAGGAGCAUGCUUUGGCCAUGGUUCAGUGCAAAGUUCUGAAACAGUUGGAAUUGAUUGAAGCAAGAAAACAUGAAGAUCCAGAAUUUGAGGAUGAUCUUAAAAUGUUACAAGAGAAACUUUUAGAAUCUGUACAAGAUCUAAGUUCAUUUGAUGAAUAUUCAAAUGAGGUGAAAUCUGGUCGUCUUGAGUGGAGCCCUGUACACAGAUCAGAUCGUUUUUGGAGAGAGAAUGCUAUGCGUCUUAAUGAAAAGAAUUAUGAACUUUUAAAAAUCCUGGUUAGAUUGUUGGAAAGCAGCAAGGAUCCUCUUAUCUUGUCUGUAGCGGCUCAUGAUUUUGGUGAAUACGUUCGUUAUUAUCCUCGAGGCAAAAAUGUGAUUGAAAAACUUGGUGCCAAACAACUGGUGAUGCAGUACCUCACUCAUGAAGAUCCUAACGUGCGUUAUGAAGCCCUUAUUGCUGUGCAAAAACUCAUGGUUCACAACUGGGAAUACCUGGGCAAACAACUUGAAGGAAAAGAGCCUGUGAAAGCUCAGCCUGGAAUGGCAGCUGUGAAGGGUUGA